CUUUGGACUGCCAAGUCGUGUUCUCGUCGUUCGCUGGUGGAUGUGGAUUUGAAUUUGGAUUUGGAUGUGGUUGUGGUACCAACGGAAGUCCAGCUAGCCAGUUAGCCAGUUAGCCAGUUCAUAGUGUUUCCCCGAAAUUCGACAAUCGAAAACUCAACUCUUCGUGAUAACAGAGAAAAGUUACCAUUUCCGUUUCCGGUUUCCGGUUUCGGUUGCGAGUGCGAGUGCAGUUCGAAGUUCAGGUCUGAACUUGAUGCAGUGGCCUGUCAACUGUUGCUGCAGUGUCGUCUGAGCACUGUUCCGUCGUUCAUAUGCUGCACCUGCUGCCGAUUGGAGACAAGUCGUGGGAGUCCGAGGAGGCAAUGUAAGCAUUCCAAGAGCCAGUGACGACUGCACAUUACGGAGGAAUUACUUGAAAUUCCCAUCGAGAGCACAAAGGAUCUUGGAGGGAGGAGUGCGCCGCGUGGAGUGGGGACUGAAGAGCGGAGCGGAGAGGGGAGCGGAGAGUGGAGAGUGGAGAGUGGAAAUGCGCUCUCUAAACAAGUCGGUGGGCCUUCACGGCGGAGAGGACGAGUUGGGCAAUGCCACGGACUCCAUAUACACCAUCAAAUCCAAAUGGAUCACCGACUGGAGCCUGAACAAGGAGCGCGACAAGCUGUGCAGCAUCCUGUUCAAGCGGGUCCUAGACCAUGCCGAGUGCAAGCGCCUCCUGGAGGCCACCAAGAUCUAUGGCGAGAGCACUGACUUCAGCUCGUGGUCGGCCAACGAGCAGCUGCAGUGGUAUCGCAACUUCGAUGUCAACGACACGAGCACUCUGGGCCUGAAGAACCACUCGGCGGGGAGUGGCACUGCCACGGACACCGACACGGACACGGACCUGAGCUCGGACAAUGUCCUGGUGCCCGUGCUGCCGCCGUUCGCCCUCUGGCAGACGAUCUUCAUUGCCAUCUGUCUGGCCAUUUGCAUCAUUCUCACUGUGGGCGGCAACAUCCUCGUCCUGCUGGCCUUCAUCGUGGACAGGAAUAUCCGGCAGCCGAGUAACUACUUCAUUGCCUCGCUGGCCGCCACGGAUAUGCUGAUAGGAACCGUUUCGAUGCCCUUCUAUACGAUCUAUGUGCUGAAGGGCUACUGGGACCUGGGGCCAGUGCUCUGCGAUCUGUGGCUGUCGGUGGACUACACGGUAUGCCUGGUGUCCCAGUAUACUGUGCUGCUGAUCACCAUCGAUCGGUACUGUUCGGUGAAGAUUGCGGCCAAGUACCGCAGCUGGCGGACCAGGACUCGUGUGAUUUACAUGGUGACUAUCACGUGGAUUAUCCCCGCCCUUCUGUUCUUCAUCUCGAUCUUCGGUUGGGAGCACUUUACGGGUAAGCGCGACCUGUUGCCGGGCCAGUGCGCAGUGCAGUUCCUCAAGGACCCCAUCUUUAACACGGCCCUGAUCAUUGGCUACUACUGGACCACGCUGAUUGUGCUCUUCGUCCUUUACGCGGGCAUCUACAAAACGGCCUACGACAUGCAGAAACGGAGCGAGGCCAAGCAGCGCAAAAUGCAGUCCAUGGUGGCGCUCAGUGCCGGGGCCAUGUCGGGAAUGGCAGGACAUGCGGCCGGCAUCGGUGUGAUCGAGGAGAAGAUACUUAAGACAAAGGUGGAGUUGGCCGGCGGUCAGACGGAUCUGGACAGCGCCAGUGCCGCCUGUACGACGGUCAUCAAGCGUCUGAGCGGCUCCGGUCAGUCCAAUCCUCUGGCCCAGGCCGCCGAGGAGGUGGAAAAUAUGACCCCGGAGCAACGUCGCGCGUCUGCGGCCAAGAUCGAGGAGGCGCGCAAGCGCGAUGCGGUGGAGGCGGAGAAGAGCGAACGUUCCAGCAGCCCGGCCUUCGACUCGGACGAGGAGUCGUCGGUAAACCAGGCCCAGCAGCUGAUCACCCAACAGAAGCUGAGCAACAUGCGCAAGCGUUCCUCCAUCGGGCUGGUGUUCGGUGCCCAGGCCGCCCUGCUGGCCACCCGGGGCAAAGGUAACUUGCAAAAGAGCACCACCAACUCCAAGUCCAUCGAGGCCAUGCACUCCAUGGGCGGUGGGCGAUCGCCAUCGCAUCACCACCCGCAUCACCACCACCCGACACACCAAACGAGUCUGCAGCGGGCCCAGAGCAAGGAAGAGGUGGGCAUUGCUCGCCUUCAUCAUCAGCACCAGCAGCACCACAGCCACAGCCAGAACCCGAACCAGAACCAGAACCAGCACCACCAACUGGACCGACCCCCCAAGCGCACCUCCUGCUCCACUCUCUCCCAGAUAGCGGAGCAUGAUCGCCUCAUUGACUUCCAGGCCCAGGCCCCCGCUCAGUUCACCAACGAUCCCCUGUCGCCCGUCGACCUGGCCCCCAUUGAGGUGCCCAGCGAGGAGGUGCAUCAGGGUCUGGUGCAGGCCAUCUUGCCACCGCCUGAUGCCUUCCAGUGUCCCACUCCCCUGUCUGAUGACUACUCGGAUCGUCCGUUUGGCAAUAGCUCGGGGAACAGCGAGCUGGCCAUGACCUAUGACCUCAUGACCAACAACUCCGAGCUGCGCUACAUGGACGAGAGCUCUGCCAUGCUGGCCACCAUCACUACCACCAACAACACCUCCCCCAACGACACCAUCAGCUGCUCCGUGAGACCAACGAAUCCCGCCCUCCCACCGCCGCCACCCGCACGCAAGCAUCUCCCAAAGGCUGAUAACUCAACCAGCCAGAACCAUAACCAAAAUCAGAACCAGAACCAGAACAAGAACCAGAGUCCCAGCCAAAGCCAAAGCCUCAACCUAAGCCUAAGCCUGAACCACAGCCAGAACCAGAAUCAGAACCAGAGUCAAAGUCAGGAGGCAGUUGCCAUUGAAAAACGUCUUCUCGUCUCGUACACAGGCAUCGAAGACUUUGCGAAAGUGCGGCGGGAGAGCUGCAUCGAGGCCAUCUGCCUGCUGGACGUGCCCAGUGGCAAGCUUCUGGCGGAUUGUCCGCAUCGGAGGGCCUCCAGUCCCAUGGAGACGAGCAGCAAAGAUGCCAUACUGUACUCGCCCAUGCCGCCGGUUUCACCCAAGGUGAAGACCCAGCAGGCGCUGGCGACGGCGACGGGGACACCAACUCAGACUGCGGCCCCUCCUCCGGCUUUGGAGCGCAUCGAGGAGCGUGAGACCUCCGACAGUAACACCAACAAGAUGCCCUCCACCUCGGGCACCACCAGCAGCUCUGGCGGCGGGGGUGGAUUGGCUGGCGGCAGCAGACGAGAUCGGGAGGAGGAGUCACAGCAGAAGACCGACGGCAUCUCGAAUCGCGGCUCCAGCAAGCGGGCCUUCAUCCACUCGAUUGGCAAGCACUUUAAGAGCAAGAAGGCCCUACCCUUGGCGCUAGGUGGAGGCGGUAGACAGAAGUCCAAGUCCGAGAAUCGUGCCCGCAAAGCGUUCCGCACGAUCUCGUUCAUCUUGGGCUGUUUUGUGGCCUGUUGGACGCCCUACCAUGUGUUGGCCCUGGUCGAGGGAUUCUGCCGAAAUCCGCCGUGCACCAACGAGCAUCUGUACAUGUUCUCGUACUUCCUGUGCUAUGCCAACAGUCCGAUGAACCCCUUCUGCUACGCCCUGGCCAACCAGCAGUUCAAGAAGACCUUUACACGCAUCCUCAAGGGGGAUCUGCACAUGACCUAAGAUGGGAUAGUCCCACAUCCACAUCCAAUAAUAUGGUGAAUCCACAGUAUAAAUUCCAGGAUCGGUUUGGCAUUGCACUUCCCGUAAAGAGAAGACGGCCCAAAGCUCUCGUGAGCCCCGAGAGUUUUGAGCCCGAACCCCCAAGCCGAUACCCGAAAACCUCCCUAGGCCUAUAAGAUUUCUGUGUGCACGGGAAGUGCUCCGCUAAACCGAAAUUUCGUGGAUCCAAUCAGACUGUGAACAACCGAAAAUAAGUAGAAAUAUUAGAAAGAAAGACACUAAUUGAAUUAUAAAUUUAAACAGUGUUUUAGAAAUGGAAAGAAAGCGAAGAAAGUUAUCUGUAAGUAGCCAAAGGUGUGUGCUAGUUAGAAUUGGGGGGGCAGAUAUUUUCGGGGGGAAGGUAUAGAUCUAGGUCUAGGGUGGCACUAAGCUCGGGGCGAAAUGUUUUAGACAAUAAAUAUUUUAAUGCUAAACCAUACAAUAUAGAACUACAACAAAUAUAUACAUAAUAAUAAUAAUUAUAAUAAUAGUAAUAAUAAUAUUAUACAGAACACGCGAGACUAGAACCCACAAACAUGAUUACAGACACAUAUCCCCCCUCCUCAGAUACAAAUCUACAGAAAAUAUCAAUGAUAAUCAGACAUAUGAAUGAUGUAACCAAGAAACCAAAUAAAGUAGAGAGAAAGAUGGAGAAUUUAGCCUUAAAAGGGUUCUGUAACUUUGAAUCCCAAAACGGUAAUGCUUCGAAGAGAAAUACCUUAGAAUAACCAGCAGUUUUCUACAGCUUAACGAAGCAUUGCCGUUUUAGGAUUAAAUGGAUCGAUGUCAUGUUCAGUUUUCUAUGGAGAAAGAUAGUACGAGCAAACAUACCCACGUAAUUGUCUAUUGAAAUAUGCUAAGCAAGUUUCCCAGAUCGGCCAGAGAAUGAUACAUAUAUACCUAUAUCUAUCAUACAUAUACAUAUACAUAUACAUAUACAUAUAUAGCUGCAUACAUACAUAUACCUAAGCAUACAUACAUAGAUGUCAAUUUUGGAGCAAUGCCAAGAACAACAAGAUAUAUUCAUAUACGUAUAGACGUCUCUUUCGCGCCUUUACCAAGUUGCCUAACUGAGUUUACUCUCAUUCUACGAAUCAUUCGCUGUCUCUCCUACAACUGUACUGUCUCCAAGUACCCUGUUAUUUGUUAUGAUCGGGCUUAUAGCCGUUUCGACUUACGUUUUGUUUAAAGAGUAGUUAAUGUGCUAACAGUUUUUGCAUUUGUUGAACUUUCCUUUAGCACGUAAGUGAUAAGUGUAACAAUAACUAAAUGAUUACUAAUAAACAUACAGAAAUAAAUGCAUCUAUCAU